AUGGCCCAGUGGGCUGAAGCAACGCUCGGGCUAGAGAUCAACACAACUCGCAUGGGUGGUACUGCACAAUACGACGCGAGACCUGCUAAGCCUAGUGAACCCCAUGACCGGCAACGUUCGCUUCGCAAGCGCCUAUCUCUCCAUAUCUCCCCCUUUGACUCCGGCAAAAGACUUGCCGUAGCCCUAGCUAAAUUGCAUCGGUUCUCUAGCCUACCAAGAACAGCAAGUCAACGGUUGACCGCCAUUGACAAUGUCCAGUCCAGCCACAAAAGUCAGGGCCUGGCAAGGAUCUGUGCCAUCCCUGGGUCCGCUGUCCGUCCCAUUUGGGCAAUCCCAGAUUUCGAGAUCGCAUCGAUCAAACAGCCUCAUCAGGGGUUCCUGAGACGACUCCAAAACCUUAUGGGUCUCGACCCAGUCCAACCAAACAAGAACAUUGAAAAACUUACCUAUUCGGGCUUGUCUGCCCUUUUGACCGAACAAUACGUGCCGUGCAUCUCUUACAAAGGAGUUGAGCAGCUGGUCAGUUUUCUCACUCAAGUGACAACAUCCCAGGCUUUGUUACCAACGUACGUAGUAGUCAAGACGCUUCACUUGCCGCCUUUCGGUUCGAGGCCCGCCAAGCCGAGGCAGGGCGAAAUUCUCUUUUUUCAGCUUCUGUGCCAAGAAGCUGUGUUUUAUCCGUGCUUCUCACCAUCCCGUUCCUGAAUUCUGUUUAUUUUGAGAUGACUACAUCAACAAUCUGCCGCAACUCCUGUGAUCUUGGAAUAGGUACAAGCCGUCUUGGCUGGAACGAAUCACGAAAAUGGCGG